CACUUCUAUUGCUGCACAAGGACAAGAGCACAAGGUCUCUGCCCAGAGUUAACUAAACCCUACAAAUAUUUGGUGCGCAAAGUCAUCAGCUUUUACUUGUUUGUCUUCGUAUUUCGGCAACGUACUUUCUUAUGUGAUUUAUGUCGUUCUUCAUUCUUUUUCAUUGAUCCGUACAUUUACAAAAUGGCAGACGAUCUGGGCACUGAUGAACCGCCGAAGUUCAAUCUCGCAGACCUGAACCGCGAGAACUGCUGGAUUCCAGAUAUAAACGGGACCCCCUUCACUAUGCAAGAAAAACAAAAAGCAGUGCAUAAGUGCAUGACAUUUACACUUGUCAUGCUGGACAUGCGUCGUAGGCAUAGGCUAGUGAGUCGCAUGAGUGUUUUCACAUAGUGCGUGAGCUUGGAAACUUUUCGCUGUCAUGAAUGACAGGUUCGUUUGUCAUGCUAUGCUGUUUUCCGCCAAAGACAAUUAGUUUACACUAUGCACAGUUUUAUCCUUGGAUUUUCACCGACCUCAUCCCCGAUGAGACGAUGGCACCCAACAAGUGGCUUAUCCCGGCGGAGCCCUGGGCCUACGUGAACGUUUUCGAGCAGAGCUACGACCAGAUCCGGUGUCUGAUCUGUAACAAGAUCGCAACG